AUUUAUAUCUAAUUAUGGGCUCAUGUUAUUCUUAAGUUCCUUAUACCUUUCCAGAUGGAGGUAUCUAUGAUGGUGAAAUUAAAGAUGGACUUCCUGUAUAUUGUUAGAAUCAAUCUAGGAUGGAAAAGGCAAAAUUAUAUGGGAUAAUGGAACUCAAUUUGAAGGUUUUUUUGAAAAAGGAAAAAAGGUCAAAAAGGGAACAUUUCAAUGGAGUGAUUCAUCACGUUACGAAGGAGAAUUCUUAAAUGAGAAUUUUCACGGUUAUGGUGAGUAUUAUUGGUACAAUGGUAAAGUUUACAAAGGAAAUUGGGUUAAUGGUAAAAUGGAAGGCAAAGGUAUCCUAAACUAUGAUGGUAAGGUUUACAAUGGUAUUUCAUUUAUUCGAUUUUUUAGGGGAAUUCAAAAAUGAUAAAAAAGAUGGAUUAGGAGAAUUGUAAUGGCCUGAUGGGUAGAUUUACACUGGUAAUUGGAAAAAUGGAAGAUAAGAUGGAAAAGGUAAAUUAAUUGAGCCAAAUGGAAAUAUUAUUGAAGGCAUUUGGGUAAAGGGUAAAAAAUAAUGA